AUUUAAUCACAUGAAAUCCUCUAACGCAGGACUGCAGCCUGCCAUCCCGAUGCAUCGGCCGGUCCGGAAUCCUGAGAAUCCAGUAGUAUUCAUGGACGUAUCGGUUGGAGGGUCGGCCAUCGGCCGCAUCAGGAUGGAGCUAUAUAAGGACGUUGCACCCAAGACUGUUGAGAACUUUCGUCAGCUAUGCACGGGCGAGUUCAAACUCAAUGGAGUCCCUAUUGGAUACAAAGGAUCAACGUUCCACAGAGUUAUUCGGGACUUCAUGAUACAAGGAGGAGACUUUGUCAAAGGGGAUGGUACUGGAAGCUUGAGUAUAUAUGGUGAAAAGUUCCCUGAUGAGAACUUCAAACUUGCCCAUGAUUCCCCUGGUUUGCUAUCUAUGGCUAACUCUGGUCCUAAUACUAAUGGGUGUCAGUUCUUCAUAACCUGCAAUAAAUGUGACUGGUUGGAUAGCAAGCAUGUGGUGUUUGGUAAGGUCUUGGAUCAGCAGAGUAUGAUGACUGUAAGGAAGAUUGAGAAUGCGCAAGUUGGGGAGAACAGCCGUCCAAAGUUGCCAAUCACAGUAUCAGAAUGCGGAGAACUCUAGGCAGCUCACCGUGCAUCUCCCAACAAUACGUUUUCUAAUCUUCG